AUGACUGCUGGUUCAGUGUGUGUCCCUCAGAUCAUACCACUGCGAGUGCCUCAACCUGGAAAAGCUAACCAUGAAAUUGAUAACAACACACUACUGGAAAUGAAAUCGGACACCCCGGAUGUCACCAUAUAUUAUACCCUGGAUGGCAGCAAACCUGAAUUUCUAAAGAAAAUUGGUUAUGGUGAAAACAGUACAUUUAAGUAUAUAAAACCUAUUACUCUGCCUAAUGGAAAAAUACAAGUUAAAGCUAUUGCAGUCUCUAAAGACUGCAGACAGAGUGGCAUUGUAACAAAGGUGUUUCAGGUAGAUGGUGAACCACCAAAUAUAGUCUCUGCAGAAGACAGUGUUGAAAAUGUUCUCAAAGGUCCAUUGAAGCAAGAAUUAAAAAAUGGAUUUGUUGGAUCAAAACUAAAGAAGAAACAUAAGAACACUGAAAGUAAACCUAGCUGGAAUGUUAACCUUAGAAAGUUUCCAGACCUCGAAGUAGGUGAAAGAUCUGACCCUAAAACUUUGAAAGAUCUUCGCUUCUCAGGAAGUCCACUGGAAAUCCCAGUUUACCAUGAAGGAUCAAGUUCUAGACCCUCCACACGCCAGUCCCAGUCCCCUGGUUUUGCACACAUAAGGAGCCGGAAGAGUUUGACCAGCACGGAGAUCAUGAGAAUUCAGAGGGAGACAGACUUUCUCAAGUGUGCCUGUUGCCUUGCCUCUCGUCCAUCUGAUCCGUUUGCUCGCUUCUGUCAAGAAUGUGGCUCUCCUGUCCCGCCCAUAUUUGGCUGUCGUCUCCCACCUCCGGAAGGAGCUCAGAGGGGCUUAUGUACAGAAUGUGGAAACAUGGUCCCUAUGAACACUCCCAUCUGUGUGGUGUGUGAGGCCCCUCUUGCUCUGCAGCUGCAGCCACAGGCCAGCCUCCGCUUGAAGGAGAAGAUAAUCUGCAGGAUUUGUGGCACUGGGAAUCCUGCUCACCUGAGAUACUGUGUUACCUGUGAAGGGGCUCUGCCUUCAUCACAUGAGUCAGCGUGCAGUGGGGAUAGAGCCCCUUCUCCGUCCACUCAUAGAGGAGAGGCCAUUUCCUGCUCCAGCUGUGGUCACCGGAAUCUCCGGGAGGUGUCCACCUGUGACUGGUGUGGAGCCAUGCUUGGCUUUCCUUCUGGCUACUCUGUUUGCCCUAAAUGUGGGGCCAGCAACCACCUGUCUGCCCGAUUCUGUGGCACCUGUGGUAUUUAUGUGAAAUCUUUGGCAAGACUUAGCUUGGACAGCAGCCUGGCUCUAGUUGCUGGGGAACCUCGCCCAUUUUCUGAGCCCCGAUCUGCCUGGCAUUCCCUGUAUUUUCCUUUGCCCAAAUCUUAUUCUGGGACUAAGAAGGACAUAGGCACGCAGACCAUUGGCCUGUUCUACCCAUCUGGCAAGCUACUAGCAAAGAAGGAACUGGAACUGGCUUCUUCUCAAAAGCAGAGGCAGGAGAAAAUGAAUGAACACAGACCUUUCGUCACAGCUGUCAGCCCAGGAAGAGGAUACUGGAGAAAACAGUUGGAGCACAUCUCUGCUCACCUCCGAUCUUAUGCUCAGAACAACCCUGAAUUCCGGGCCUUAAUUGCAGAACCCAGGAUGGGUAAGCUUCUCUCUGCUACUGUCCAUGAAGAUGGUUAUGAAGUUAGCAUCAGGCUGAAUUAUAAUCAAGUCUCAAACAAGAACCUUUACCUGAACAAGGCAGAGAAUUUCAGUGACUACUUCCUGAGCAGUGCCCUCGAGGAUGGUCAUGGGCUAUAUGGCAGAAGGUCCAGCUGGGCAAGUGACUACAUCCAGUGUACCUCAGAAACCCCUGAAAAAGUCAUGAGGGCAAGGAGUUUCAAGACCAAAAACUUUCAAGAAAAGAAGGAGCAGUUUAUACCUGAAAACAGACUCCUGCUGAAGGAAGUCGGACCAACAGGGGAAGGAAGAGUCUCUGUGAUUGAACAGCUGCUAGAUGAAGGAGCAGACCCCAACUGCUGUGAUAAGGAAGAUCGACCCGUGAUAACUGUGGCUGUUGUGAAUAAGCACCAUGCAGCGAUUCCAGUUCUCGUGCAGAGAGGAGCAGACAUUGACCAGCAAUGGGGACCGCUCAGAAAUACAGCUCUUCAUGAAGCAACUUUACUUGGCCUGGCGGGAAGGGAGAGCAUCACCACUCUACUGGGAUGCAAUGCAAGCAUCCAAAAGAAGAAUGCAACAGGCCAGACAGCAUAUGACCUGGCUCUGAGCAUUGGGGAUGACCUUAUCUCCUCACUCUUUGCUGCUAAGUUUGGCCAAGGGCUUGAGGACCAGCUUGCCCGACCCAGGAGCCUCAGCCUGGAUGACCGUUAG